CUUAUAUAAAGGUUUUGGAGCUUUACCUUGCUCUUAAAAACUUACAACGUAUUUGGUUGCCCUUUUAGGCGAAAGUAACAGCAGUUAAUUUUGAGAGGGAACGGACAUAACAGUAAGAGAAUGGACUCUUCCAUUUCCACCGUGGAGGGCGGCGCGUCGCUUCCUUCGACGGGGACUGACGCGACAAAACGCCGUGUUUCUUAUUUCUACGACCCUUAUAUCGGCGACUAUUACUACGGCCUGGGCCACCCAAUGAAGCCUCACCGUAUUCGCAUUACCCAAAACCUUGUUUGCCACUAUAACCUUCAUCGGCGAAUGGAGAUCACUCGCCCAUUCCCGGCGAGUGCGGACGAUAUUCGUUGGUUCCACUCGCCGGACUACGUCGACUUUCUCUCUUCCGUUUCACCGGAGACUCUUUACUACCAGACACAUGACGACCACGACCUUAAACGCUUCAACCUCAGAGAAGAUUGCCCUGUUUUUGAUGGACUUUUUGGUUUUUGUCAAGCUUCUGCCGGUGGUUCCAUUGGCGCCGCCGUUAAGCUUAAUAGACAAGAUGCUGACAUAGCUAUCAAUUGGGCUGGGGGAUUGCACCAUGCAAAGAGAACUGGGGCUUCCGGAUUUUGCUAUGUUAAUGAUAUUGUUCUUGGAAUUCUUGAACUUCUCAAGGUCCACAAGCGUGUGUUGUAUAUAGAUAUCGAUGUUCACCACGGAGACGGAGUUGAGGAGGCUUUUUAUACCACGGAUCGGAUUAUGACAGUGUCUUUUCAUAAGUUUGGGGACUUCUUUCCUGGUACAGGACAUAUAAAAGACAUUGGUGCAGGUUCUGGGAAGUACUAUGCCUUAAACGCUCCUUUGAAUGAUGGGAUUGAUGAUGAAAGUUUUCGUCGUCUAUUCCGUCCCAUAAUCCAAAAAGUAAUGGAGGUCUACCAACCUGAAGCUGUGGUUCUUCAAUGUGGUGCUGAUUCACUAUCUGGAGACAGGUUGGGCCUUUUCAACUUGUCUGUCAAAGGCCAUGCCGAUUGCCUUCGAUUCCUCAGGUCUUUCAAUGUUCCUCUAAUGGUAUUGGGUGGUGGAGGUUAUACAAUUCGGAAUGUUGCCCGCUGCUGGGCCUAUGAGACAGCAGUUGCAGUUGGAGUAGAGCUUGAGAAUAAAUUGCCUUACAAUGACUAUUAUGAGUAUUUCGGCCCAGAUUAUACUCUUCAUGUUGAACCAAUACCCAUGGAGAAUAAGAAUUUGCCCCGGGAUUUGGAGAAGAUCAGGAACAUGUUGCUGGAGCAACUUUCGCGAUUACCCCAUGCACCUAGUGUGCCAUUCCAAAUGGCACCUUCUAUUACAGAAGUUCCUGAAGAGAGAGAGGAAGACAUGGAUCAAAGGCCAAAACCACGGAUAUGGAUUAAAGAGGAAUAUGAGUCUUAUUGCUGAUUAAGAUAUGUGUACCUUUGAAGUAGUGUGUUCAGUUUCACCAGAAUAUUUAUCUUUGAUGUUCAAUAGAUUCUUGUAUCAUACAUUUGAAGUAGUUUCUUCAUCAGUUUCACUAGAGUAUUUGAUGUUCAAUAGACA